AUGUCUGACCUGUUCGUUGAAAUCACCGCCCCAAACGGGCGCAAGUACACCCAGCCCACCGGCCUGUUCAUCAACAAUGAAUUUGUCGCGUCCAGCGGACAGACCAUUACCUCGAUUGACCCCGCAACAGAUAAGCCGAUCGCGACCGUCCAUGCAGCCGGUGCAGACGAUGUCGACCGCGCGGUGAAGGCCGCCAAAGCAGCCCUCGUGCACCCCUCCUGGAAGAAACUCCCUGGCACCGAGCGCGGGCAGCUCAUGGGCCGUCUUGCGGAUCUCAUGGAGCAGAAUAAGGAGCUGUUUGCCACAAUCGAUGCGUGGGAUAACGGCAAACCCUAUCAUGUCGCCCUCAACGAAGACCUCGUCGAAGCCAUCGGCACAAUUCGAUACUACAGCGGCUGGGCGGAUAAGACAUUUGGCCAGACUAUCAGCACGACGCCGGAGAGAUUCGCCUAUACAAUCCGCCAGCCUGUUGGUGUUGUCGGCCAGAUUAUCCCGUGGAACUAUCCCCUGUCCAUGGCUUGCUGGAAGUUGGGCCCGGCGCUGGCCUGCGGAAAUACAGUGGUGCUUAAGCCUGCAGAACAGACGCCGUUGAGCAUUCUGAUCUUUGCGAAGCUGUUCAAGGAAGCUGGAUUCCCUCCUGGCGUUGUCAACUUUGUAAAUGGCUACGGCCGCGAGGCUGGUGCUGCACUUGCUGGACAUCCCCUGGUGGAUAAGAUCGCGUUCACGGGGUCGACCAUGACAGCAAGGGAGAUUAUGAAGCUUGCUGCGGGCACAUUAAAGAACAUAACACUGGAAACAGGCGGAAAGUCACCGCUGCUGGUCUUCCCAGAUGCAGACCUCGAACAAGCUGUCAAGUGGUCGCAUUUCGGAAACAUGUCGAACCAGGGCCAGAUCUGUACUGCCACCUCGCGUGUCUAUGUCCACCAGGAUAUCUUCCAGACCUUCCUGGCCAAGUUCAAGGAGGCUGUCGAGACGACGUCGAAGAUCGGCGACCAGUGGGACGAGAACACAUUCCAGGGCCCUCAGGUUACGCGGGCACAGUAUGACCGGAUUCUGUCGUAUAUCGAAGCUGCGAAGAAGGAAGGCGUCAAGGUUGUCACUGGAGGUGCUGCGCAUGCCCCUGCUGAUGCAAAGAACAAGAAUGGAUAUUUUGUCCAGCCGACUGUCUUUACGGGGGAGAAUGACUCUUACGCCAUUGUACGCGAGGAGGUCUUUGGUCCGGUUGUUGUGAUUCUUCCAUUUUCUACCGAAGAGGACGCCAUCAAGCGUGCCAAUGACACAACGUACGGCCUUGGAGCAGCGGUAUUCACACGCGACCUGGAGCGCGCCCAUCGCGUUGCGGCGGAAAUAGAGGCAGGUAUGGUCUGGGUGAACAGUAGCCAGGACUGCGACCCACGUGUGCCCUUUGGGGGUGUCAAGCAGAGUGGAAUUGGCCGUGAGCUGGGAGAGGCUGGACUAGAGGCUUAUACCCAGGUCAAGGCCGUGCAUGUCAACAUGGGAAACAGACUCUAG